UCCCCUAGGAUAUUCCUGGUGACCCUGAAAGAGUCCAUAUCAUGGAAUCAAUCUCUAUGAUGGGAAGCCCUAAAAGCCUUAGUGAAACGUUUUUGCCUAAUGGAAUAAGUGGUAUCAAAGAUGCAAGAAAGGUCACUGUGGGUGUAAUCGGAAGUGGGGAUUUUGCCAAAUCCCUGACCAUUCGGCUUAUUAGAUGUGGCUAUCAUGUGGUCAUAGGAAGUAGAAAUCCUAAAUUUGCAUCUGAAUUUUUUCCUCACGUGGUAGAUGUCACCCAUCAUGAAGAUGCUCUAACAAAAACAAAUAUAAUAUUUGUUGCUAUACAUAGAGAACAUUACACCUCUCUAUGGGACCUGAGGCAUCUGCUUGUGGGUAAAAUCCUGAUUGAUGUGAGCAAUAACAUGAGGAUAAACCAAUACCCAGAAUCCAAUGCUGAAUAUUUGGCUUCAUUAUUCCCGGAUUCCUUGAUUGUCAAAGGAUUUAAUGUUGUUUCAGCUUGGGCACUUCAGUUAGGACCUAAGGAUGCCAGCCGUCAGGUUUACAUAUGCAGCAACAAUAUUCAAGCUCGACAACAGGUUAUUGAACUUGCCCGCCAGUUGAAUUUCAUUCCUGUUGACUUGGGAUCAUUAUCAUCAGCCAGGGAGAUUGAAAAUUUGCCCCUGCGACUGUUUACUCUCUGGAGGGGGCCAGUGGUGGUAGCCAUAAGCUUGUCCACAUUUUUCUUUCUUUAUUCUUUUGUCAGAGAUGUGAUACAUCCAUAUGCAAGAAACCAGCAGAGUGACUUUUACAAGAUUCCUAUUGAGAUUGUGAAUAAAACCUUGCCUAUAGUUGCCAUUACUUUGUUGUCUCUGGUAUACCUAGCAGGUCUCCUGGCAGCUGCAUAUCAGCUUUACUAUGGCACCAAGUAUAGGAGAUUUCCACCUUGGCUGGAGACCUGGUUACAGUGCAGGAAACAACUCGGAUUACUAAGUUAUUUCUUCACUGUUGUCCAUGUUGCCUACAGCCUCUGCUUGCCGAUGAGAAGGUCAGAAAGAUACUUGUUUCUCAACAUGGCUUAUCAGCAGGUUCAUGCAAAUAUUGAAAACUCUUGGAAUGAGGAAGAGGUUUGGAGAAUUGAAAUGUAUAUCUCCUUUGGCAUAAUGAGCCUUGGCUUGCUUUCCCUCCUGGCUGUCACUUCCAUCCCUUCUGUAAGCAGUGCUUUAAACUGGAGGGAAUUCAGUUUUAUUCAGUCUACACUUGGAUAUGUUGCUCUGCUCAUAAGUACUUUCCAUGUCUUAAUUUAUGGAUGGAAACGAGCUUUUGAAGAAGAGUACUACAGGUUUUACACACCACCAAACUUUGUUCUUGCUCUCGUUUUGCCCUCAAUUGUAAUUCUGGGUAAAAUUGUAUUAUUUCUUCCAUGUAUAAGCAGAAAGCUAAAAAGAAUUAAAAAGGGCUGGGAAAAGAGCCAAUUUCUAGAAGAAGGCACUGGAGGAACAAUUCCUCAUCUUUCCCCAGAGAGGGUUACAGUAAUGUGA